GAGUGCCCUGUUCAUUUCGCUGUCACCUUCCAUCCCUUGUUCCAGGCAGCAGGAUUGCCGGGAUAAUUGCUAAACUAGGCAAUUAGCUGCCAAGUCAGCACGAUCCUCCCUCAUCUUAAAGCAAACAAACAAACAUUUACUGCAUGGAUUACUCUGCACAGAGAUUAGCACAUGGCACCAGAAGGGAACAAGGCAGUAUGUUUCUAAUUCCAGAUAGGGCGCAGCCUGAAUGUGAACACCUGAUGAAAAGAAUUCCAAGUAUGAAAAAAAGAAAGGACUGGUCAUGUUCUCUCAUCGUGGCAGCUCUUGUUGGGGCCUUUGGCUCUUCCUUUCUCUAUGGUUACAAUCUUUCCGUGGUCAAUGCUCCUUCCCAGUAUAUCAAGACUUUCUACAAUGAUACUUGGGAAAAAAGACAAGGUCAUUCAAUAGAUGAAAAUACUCUAAUGCUGCUAUGGUCUGUGACUGUGUCGAUUUUUGCUAUCGGUGGCCUCGUGGGCACAAUAGCGGUGACUUUCAUUGGAAAGGUUCUUGGAAGGAAAUAUAUGUUAUUAGUCAACAACGCAUUUGCCAUUUUAGCCGCAUUGCUCAUGGCUUGCUCACAGGAAGCUGGAUCCUUUGAAAUGCUAAUCCUGGGUCGGUUCAUCAUGGGCAUUGAUGGAGGCAUUGCUCUCAGUGUCCUCCCCAUGUACCUGAAUGAAAUCUCACCCAAAGAGACCCGUGGAUCUUUGGGACAGGUUACUGCCAUCUUCAUUUGCAUUGGAGUAUUUGCUGGUCAGGUCUUGGGCCUGCCUGAAAUACUGGGUCGGGCUUCACUGUGGCCUUACUUGUUUGGCGUGAUCAUCAUUCCUGCCUUGGUCCAACUUGUGAUUCUCCCUUUUCUGCCAGAGAGUCCACGGUAUCUGUUAUUUGAAAAGCAUGAUCAGAAUGGAGCAAAAAAAGCAUUUCAGACUUUCCUUGGGAAAAUGGAUGUCUCUGAAGAAAUUGAAGAGGCCCUUGCAGAAAGUCGUGUUCAGAGAAAUAUUCACUUAGUCUCAGUCUGGGAACUUCUGACAAGGCGUUCUGCACGCUGGCAGAUAAUUACAGUGAUUAUCACCAUGGCCUGCUACCAGCUCUGUGGGCUUAACGCGAUUUGGUUCUACACAAACAAUAUCUUUUCUACUGCUGGGAUAUCUACAGAGAGGAUUCCGUAUAUAACCCUGAGUACUGGUGGCAUUGAGAUUUUGGCUUCCGUAUUUUCGGGCUUGGUCAUUGAACGUCUGGGGCGCAGACCUCUUCUCAUCGGUGGCUUUGGGCUCAUGGCCCUCUUCUUUGGAAUCCUCACUGUGACUCUGACACUACAGGACAAGGCUUCUUGGAUCCCCUACCUGAGCAUUGUCUGUAUCCUGGGUAUAAUUGCCUCGUUCUGCAGUGGGCCAGGUGGAAUCCCGUUCAUCUUGACCGGAGAGUUUUUCCAACAGUCUCAGCGGCCAGCUGCCUUCAUGAUUGCAGGGACGGUCAACUGGCUCUCCAAUUUUGCAGUGGGGCUCCUUUUCCCAUACAUUGUGGAAGGUUUGAAAACAUACUGCUUCCUGGUCUUUGCCGUAAUCUGCAUAUCAGGAGCAACUUACUUCUAUUUUGUCCUUCCUGAGACCAAAAACAAGACUUAUGCAGAAAUUAGCCAGGCGUUUGCCAAAAGGAACAAGGAAAACCUCCCAGAGGAGAAAAUCGAGCAAGCUGGAGCCAAUGGACAAGCCAAUGGGAAGUCUGAGCUAGAGUCUUCUUCCACACUUGACAACCGCGUCCAGAACAAGAUCAUUUAACUUGAACAGUCUCUCCAUUUGGGGGAGGGGAGAGGUCUAGAAGGGAGAUGCUUUCCUAAGUUCAAAAAGUCCUCCUGAAGCACUCAAAUUAGCCAAGCUUCUCUGCUCAUGGAGAUUUUAAAAUAUUCACCUGGAGAGAGAGAAUGACCAUAACCUCAUCAACUUAACUAUGGCUGCUAAUUCUUGAACUUCUGGAGUCUAGAAAGUGAAACAAGUCCUCCCAUCUCUCCACCCAUAUUCCAACCUACCCCCAACAGUCCAUUCCUUUGGUAUUUUUUUCUCAUCCCAUGUUGCCACAGAUAGAGCUUUCUUGAAUCAUUCUGGGAAAAUUACUUGUUUCAAAGCAAAUUAAGGAAAUGCAUAAGAUGAACACUAAAAGUAAUAAUAAGUCAUCUCCUGGGUACUCAGUUCCUGAAGAAAGUCCCUUUCACAUGGAAUGAGGAUAAAAUUGGGGUCUACAGAGGACAUUUUCUCACUAGCUAAUAGCAGCUUCAGAAAACUUGCUCUGUGAUCAGCCUGUUCCUGGAACGGGUGAUGCUCCCUCCAGUCGCAUCAGAGAGCGGUGUUUUUAUUCCCGGGCUUGUCCAAACAGAGAUGCCCACACCAAGUGGCAAAUUGGACCAUGAGGAAAGUGAAGAUCACAUUAUAUCUUGUAACAGAAGUUAAAUUAAGUGUGGAUGGAAGAACCAUGAUUCCAUGUUCCAUUAACUGUAUCACAGAAACACAGUGAUCCCCUACAGAGGCCCCAGAGCAGACAAUCAAAGGAGUCAGCUCUCCCGGUGGCUGUGGUUCGAUCAGACCCAGACAGGGUUGAUUCUUAAAUUGAGCUGGCCACCUUCCCACGGAGAUCUCAGAAAUGAAGAUACACUUGCAUUACAACCUUUCCCAAAUAAUUUACUAGAGACAAAAAACAAUACUUAAAAACUCAACUGUACUAAUGCAGAUAUUUGUAAGUUGUCUCUGUGAAUAUAUGUGUGCAUAUAUGAAUAUUUUAGAAUAAAAGAUGAGAAGUAUGUGUGUGAA